UCUCUCUCUCUCUCUUUCUCUCAGACAUACGGUCUUGUCUCUCUCUCUCUUUUUCCCCCUCCUAAUUCUUCUUUCUCGUACUCAGUUGUGAUGACGUGCGGCCUGUGGUGCUGAAAACAGAUCGCUUGCUAAUUCGUUCAAGCUUUAUAGCCCUGUCGGCGCUCAACAGGUGCCUUUAACUUACCAUAAGAGAGCCACACAGAAAUAAAGGAAGGUGGCUUCCAUUUGAAUACAAUGGCUUUUAGAUGGAGGGCUGUGUUUGCAUUGCUUGAUCUGUGGGUUUUUCUGUUUGAAAACAGCUUGUCCUGUGAUUCAGUUGUCAACAUAGAAUUUUUUGUCCACGAUUGUCAAUUUGGAUCCUUGGCUGACGAAAUUAGAACAUACUGGGUUAACUAAAUGGCAAUUUCAAGUUUAGGUAAAACUCAAAAAUCAUAAUCAUGACAUAAAUACUGCUUCGUUUUGAAAAUACAGGGUUUCAUUUGAAAAAGAUUGAAUCCUCCAAUAUAGUAAACCACCAUACAGCAAAUCUAUAAACUGAACAUACAGUUUAAUGAACAGAGGGACUAAAGCAAAAGCAGUUCUAGCCAGAACAAUGGAUGCCAAACAGGAAGAAGAAAAACUUGAUGAUGAUGAUGAUGAUGAUGGGGUGGGUGAAACCAACCACAAUAAGAAGUAGAACCAGAAGAUUACAUAACUGACCAAUUUAGCAACUGAAGUUUGUCUUUUUACAUACCACACAUACAAACACACACAUCACACACACACACACACACAACCCAGGUCUCAGAGGAUUCCGUCACAUGAAGGACAACACCACUGGGGCAGCUUGAGGUGCAGUGACUUGCACCUUGCUCAAGGGCAGUUCAGCUGUGACAGUGCACACAAAUAGCAUGACUGCCUUUUCGCCAUAGCAUUACAUUGUUUUGUUUAUUUUUUACAUUGGCUGAAUAUUUUCACUUUUAGGUGUUAUUUUUGGAAAUUCAGUGUCUAGCAGUGUUUCGGAAUUAACAGAAAAUAACACAUUUUUAAAACGAUAGUUUUUUGUUUAGCAGUUGAUGGCUUAUUGGAUAGCGAUGAUGAAGAGAUGGCAGAAAGUGACGGAGAAAGAUGAGACAUAGGUCCCCAGCUGGAUUUGAACCUGGGGGCGGUCUGUGUUUUAACCCCUAAACAGUCUUUUACCGUUUUAAUACUUCCCAACACAUGUACAAACAAAAAAGAUUCAUCAAUAUGAUCUCAUGAUGUAAUCUAACACUUUUAAUAAAAGUGCCUCUUUUUAUCAUGUGGUCCACACUUUUCUUAAACUCCUAAUAAUUGCUCAGCGUCACUGUUCAAAAUGUGGAGUAUCUCACACAGUACCUUACAAUCCACUCUUUAUAGCUAGCCAUUGUAACUUCUGCUAAAUUGUUAUUACAGAAUAAUGACAAAUGCUCAAAUUUAGCAUGACGUUAGCACAAGUCGAGAUGCUUUACAAAGUACACAAUCUGACUUUUUGGUAUACAGCAUAAACGUCAGUUAACAUCAGCCAACAUAAGCCAACUGGUCAUACCAGUAAGGCUGUAGUAGUAUACUGAAUGAAGCAAGGGUUCAUUUUAAAGUGCACAUAUCAUGAAAAACAAUACUUUUCAGUGCUUAUGCACAUACAGUAUAUUUGGGUAUCUCAAGUGCUUACUAACCCACAAACUGGGAAAUAUGACAACCCAGUCAGUUUCUACCUGCAUCAGAAAAUAUGUAAUUCAAUUAGCCAUUCAUAUUUGUCUCUUCCUACGUCAAACAAAGGCUCAUUGGAUUAUACCCCCCCCCCCCCCUCCAUCUGAAUGAAAGCAUGUAAACAUGUUCUAGGAAUCCAAUAUACAAGUAUGAACAUGACAAUGAGCAUAUGUCCCUUUAAAAAUAAAUGUUUAACUUGUAAAAGAAUAGAAUUUUCGUUUUAAAAGUCAUAGUCUCCCUUUUAAACCUGCAAAAACUGUUUUUUGGGCCACAUGGGGGCAGCGGAGACAAGUUGUGAAUACUUUUAAGGCAAACUUGUAAACAAACAAAUGUAUGUUUACACAUCCAGCAGUUACAGAACAGAGCAACAUUUGCAUUUAGUUGGAAUCAUGCUUGUGUCUGCCUCAUGAAUUUUAAGCCAAUAUCCACUCUCCCUUAGCUCUGUUUUUGGUCUUUACUAGCUCCUGAGGGAAAUAUCUGACUCUUUAGCUGUUAAUGCUCCACUAGGUUCACUCGCUAACUGUGCCUGUCUGCUGUUUGGUGCUGAGCAGCUGGUUUACAGAGGCUUUCUAGAGCGUUUUCACUGAAAACAGCUACCUGCUUCGGCCCCAAAAAUAACACUAUGAGAGCAGUGAAAGUGAAUUAAUCAGUAAAUUUGUAGGCCGGACGGCUAAACAAUAAGCUGAAACUCACUAUAGAGCUUUGUUAAGGUGAGGGAAGAUGCAGAUUCAGGUGAUACAUUUUCUGUAGGUUUAUUAGGGAGUAAAAAUAAAUGCCUCAUUGAGAGAUGGUAAUGUUUAUGUGCCUGUUUGGAAGAAUCACGCAUGAAAGGCAGAUAAAUACAUAGCAUAAAUGCACAAACAUGCAUACAUAUGCCUUUAGAUUUAUGAAUGGCUGACUGGCCCCCACCACUCUUUCUCCUUCAGAUGCUGCUCAGCACUGACGUCAGUGAACCUGCCUGCGCAUAAAGGCUAAUAUAAUCAGGACCUCACACGCACACAGACUGCUUCCUUUUGUUUGUCUCUGUCAGCAACACACACACCUACACACACACACACACACACACACGCACACACACACACACGCACACACCUCUAGUUAUUGGCUCAACGGGAUCGGAAGAGACAGAAAAUAGAAGGAGAGACAAACAACCGAGACAGACAGAAAGAGACCAGAGGGCCAGUGUGGGAGAUAACUCUCUCUCUCUCACUAUGCGGGGAACAACUAAGGUGGCAUUCCACUAAACCAGGACAAACGAGAGAGGUUGCAGAAAACGGAGGCACAGGCUGCGAGAGAAAAACCCGAUCUUCUUCUGAAUCUAUAUUCGGAUAAAGAAAAUCUCUUCUUCCACAGUGCUGUACAUAAUUGUUUUCACAAGAAAACAGUAAAAGUACAAAAGGAAAAGUAUCAAAGCAAGAACUUCCCACUCUUCCUUGUGAAAUUCUUUCCUUUGACUCUGACCCUUGACCUUUUAGCGCUUAGUAUGACCAGUCUGGCAGGGAAGCUAGACCCCCGGAGGGUACAAUGGCGCUCGACGUGGAACACCUUUACUUCCCGUGUCCUGAGGACCAAACCUGUGGAGUCCAUGUUGGAUUCGGCCGUGACGGGCACCAGCUCACAUGGGACCAGACUGGCGCGGGUCUUAUCUACAGUGGACCUGGUGUCGCUGGGCGUGGGCAGCUGCGUCGGAACAGGGAUGUAUGUGGUCUCGGGGCUGGUCGCCAAGGAGAUGGCCGGCCCGGGGGUCAUUGUGUCCUUCAUUAUCGCCGCUGUGGCCUCCAUACUGUCAGGAGUGUGUUAUGCAGAGUUCGGCGUGCGGGUGCCUAAGACUACGGGUUCGGCCUACACGUACAGCUACGUGACCGUGGGCGAGUGCGUGGCGUUUUUCAUCGGCUGGAACUUGAUUCUGGAGUAUCUGAUCGGCACUGCGGCGGGGGCGUCGGCUCUCAGCAGCAUGGCUGACUCGCUGGCCAAUCACAGCAUCAGCAACUUUAUGAUUUCACACAUUGGAACGCUCAACGGCCUGGGUAAAGGGGAGCAGUCGUACCCAGACCUGCUGGCGCUGCUGAUAGCGCUGCUGGUGACAGUGAUCGUUGCUUUGGGAGUGAAGAACUCCGUGGGCUUCAACAACGUGCUGAACGUCAUCAACCUCAUUGUGUGGGUGUUCAUGAUGAUCGCUGGGCUGUUCUUCGUCAACGGAGAGAACUGGGACGAGGGGAGAUUCCUGCCUUUUGGCUGGUCAGGGGUGAUGCAGGGUGCAGCCACCUGUUUCUAUGCCUUCAUUGGAUUUGACAUCAUUGCUACAACAGGAGAGGAGGCCAAGAGUCCCAACACCUCCAUCCCCUACGCCAUCACUGCCUCACUCAUCACCUGCCUCACUGCCUAUGUCUCUGUUUCUGUGAUCCUCACUCUGAUGGUGCCGUACAAUGAGAUUGACGCAGACGCCCCGCUCAUGGAGAUGUUUGCCGUGCAUGGCUGUAUGUUUGCAAAGUAUAUCGUGGCGGUGGGCUCCAUAGCCGGACUCACUGUAUCCCUCCUGGGGUCCCUGUUCCCCAUGCCCAGGAUCAUCUAUGCCAUGGCGGGGGACGGACUGCUGUUUAAGUUCCUGGCCAAUGUGUCUUCCUACACAGAGACCCCUGCUCUUGCCUGUGUGGUGUCGGGCUUUCUGGCUGCCCUGCUGUCCCUCCUGGUGAGCCUCAGAGACCUCAUAGAGAUGAUGUCCAUAGGAACCCUGCUGGCCUACACCCUGGUAAGCCUGUGUGUACUCCUGCUGCGUUACCAACCUGAGGGCGACAUCCACGGCUUUGUGAACUUCCUCUCCGAGGAGCAGAACAACAAGAGAAAGGAGGGCGUUCUGGCUGAGUGCGAGAAGGAUGCCUGUUCACCAACCAGCGAAGCAGAUGAGUAUGGAGGUCCGGCUACUAAUACCUGUGGAGCCAAAAACUUGCCGUCACUGGGCGACAACGAGAUGCUGAUAGGCAAACCAGAUAAAACCAUCUACACUGCCAGCCACCCAAACUAUGGCACAGUGGAUAUGACCAGUGGCAUUGAAGCAGAGGAUUCAGAGGGCGGGGUGUCCCGGCGGUUGAAGAAGCUCAUUGGACCACACUACUACACCUUGAGGAUCCGAUUGGGCCUCCCGGGAAAGAUGGACAGGCCAACUCCAGCCACGGGGAAAACCGUUACUGUGUGUGUGCUCCUCCUCUUCGUUUCCAUCUUUGCUUUCUGCUCCUUCAUCAUUUUUGGAUCGAGCAGUAUUGGGGAGGGUCGCUGGUGGGCUUUGCUGCUAUUAAUCUUCUUCAUCAUCUUCCUUGCCUUGCUCGUCAUCAUCAUCCUCCAGCAGCCAGAGAAUCCUAAGCGGCUGCCCUACAUGGCACCCUGUGUGCCCUUUGUACCUGUUUCAGCCAUGCUGGUCAACAUCUACCUCAUGCUUAAACUGUCUGCCAUCACAUGGAUUCGAUUCUCAAUCUGGUGCAGCGUGGGUGUGCUCAUCUAUUUUGGCUACGGCAUGUGGAAUAGUAAGCUGGAGAUCAAGGCAAGAGAGAACGAGGUGCACGCCUCCACCUACCAGCGCUAUGAUCAUGGCGUGGACGAAGGCUUCUGCGGCUUUGACGACGAUUUCUACCCGCCCACCACUGAGCCCUGGAGUGCGCCGGAGGGGGGAUCGGGGCCCACACCGCCCCCUAAGGCGAAACCCGAAAGUGAGGGGGCGCCAUCGAAAAGUGGAGGCAGGACCAUUGCGAAUCACGGCCUCGCGGAGGAGGAUCCGAUGGAUCUCUGAAGGGACUGACUCUGUGUUACCCUGAAUGUACUGCCUUGUCUGCUGCCUGGGGAAUGGGAGGGGAACAGUAGUGUGCGCGCAUGAGUGAUUGUGUGUGAGUGUGUGUGUGUGUGCAUGCCUGCAUGUGUGUGUGUGUGUGUACUUGUCUGUUCGUCUAACCCUUGGGCUAGAUAGUUUCUUGGCAGUGGAGCAGCUUUUCAUUCACCUUACUCGACUAAGCUCGGCCCCCUAGCUCACACGGCAAACGAGGACGUCAAGGUCAAGUGUCUUGUCACAGUCACUUCUUAUUCACUUACUGGAGUCCACAUUCCACACAAACAAAGGCCAGAUAGAAAGUGCGGACAUAGCAGGAGAUAAAAUUGAAGUGGUUCACUGCACUGUGAACCAUGAAACAUUGUUUGUUGAGCGGUCCAUUAACUGUUUAUCUAAGAAUUUACGGGAUGUAUGAGAGGAGAAGGUGAUGAGCAAGGGAGAGAUGAAUCAGCAGCUCUCAUCCUGUUUCAACGCAGACAGACAGGAAAGUUAGAUGACAGCAUGCCAAACCCAAGCUAUUUCCUAUCUACAGGUCUGACUCUCUCUGCUCAUUUUCUUUUCAGCAGAUAGGAAAACAGAUACUCGUGCUCUUAAAAAAACACAAAAACAUCUUCAUAAUCAAAAAUUGCUUCCAGUCUGUCUUUAAACAUUAACCCUGACCCCGAACAUCUAGCCCAAGGGAUUGAGGACUGGAUUGGGAAAAGGGUGUUGAUGUUUUCUGUCACAAAUAGUUCUUGGACUUUGCUUGCAAUAGUGCCUUCAUCUAAUGUAUGUGUAUGUGAGUUUCUGAUUAUGUCUGUUUUCUACUUUAAUUUUGCCUGUGUGUGUGUGAGAGAGAGAAUGUAUAUGCAAUCAAACUCCACCUUUUACAUGGAUACUCAUGUCUGUGUGUGUAGAUAUAAAGUGUGUUCUUCAGGUUGUUUUAAUGUGUAUGUGUAGGUAUUUGUUUAGUUUUUGCCCCAGCAUGAAGCUCAAAAUCGAUCCGCCCACAACAAAGCAGCUCAUGGAGCAAUGCAACACAUGCUUGUCAGCUUAGCGGCGCACCUAAAAAGAGGAGAGAGAACAGGUUGAAUCCUAAUCGACAACCUGCAUGGUUUAUUGUGAUGAAUGUCAUAUUUUCUGUGUCCUUGUCUCCCCGUUGAUGCAGUUCUUGCUGUUCACCAGGGCGGGGAAGGAAUUCAUAUUCAGUUCAUUCAAUUCGGGAAAUGGAUUUUCUGCAUAGUUUCCUUCUUUUCUCCUGGAGAUGAAAACAAAACAAGGGAUUGUACAAAAAGUAUUAUUGUAGAGGAAUGGGGGUAAGAAUAGCGGAAGGAUUUAUUUCUUUUAUUUUUUGCUGAAGAAACGGUAGUUUGACCUUUUUGGGAAUGCGGGCCAGGAUCAUUUAAUAUUUUAUCUUUUCGUUUUAUUUAAACUAGUUACUUAUUAAGUAUCAUACUGUUACGUUAAUUUAAGAUAUUGGGGGAGGGUAUUUCCGUUUUUGUGUAAGUCAAGGGGAAGGGAAGCGUUAAUAAUACUGUGGAUGGCUGUGAAUUUCAACCUCCCUCUUCACACCAAUAACUUUAGUACAGUCCCGAACUGAGAACAACUGUAUUGUAAAUAAGUUGGACUUUUACUCAUACAUUGAGUGAACUGAAAUACAAUCCCUCCUGGUCCGUCUCUCUCCUUUUCUCCCCUCUUUUUCUUUUAACUCCUAUCUUUCUUUCUUCUCCACAUUUUGUUUUGUAUCCCCUACUUCCACUGCUCCUUUGCUCUUCCAGCCCAACACUUCCUUCAUCUAUUUCCCACCUCACCACCCUCUUGAUAUUCAUCUGUCCCUGUCAGCAGGGGAGUCGCCACUCUUAAGUCAAGUGAUAGAGCCGGGAUUGGUUUUCAGUCAGGAUUUGAAACGACAAUCUGUUCGUGGCCUGACGAUACAUUAGCUCCCGUUUCACCUCAGGGUGUAAUGCUAUCUCCCUUCUGAUUUGUCACCGGAGCAUUUAGUCCUCUCUCUGUGGUUCUGCUCCAACCAGAGCCCAAUCUAGUCUGAGUGAACCUCCCUGUUGCCCCUACCUCUUUAUGUAGCUAGUGUUGAAGCCCCACUCUUUACAUGUUAUCUCCACUGUUGCUGCACCCCGAAGAAAUAUUGUGAAAAUCAAUCAAUCUGUAGAGCUCAGUGUGUAGGACAUGUGAGCUAAUGCUGCCAGGGUUUGAGGUUUGAUUCUAUACUAAGAAUGUAAGCACUCAUGUCACUGUAAGAGAUUUUGGCACACACCAAAUAGCACACUGUUAUGUUAUGUUUAGGGUGGGGGCACUUCUCCAAUAGCUGCUGCUGUAUGCCCUGAUUGUCCUUACCUCUACCCUUUCCUCUUGCCCCUCUGUUGCUGCAUCUGUCCCUUCCAGGGAAGCCUUAUUUGUCUAAUGCACUAAAUCUAAGGAUGCCACGCUAAACCCCCACCCUACCUCUGAAUCCUCCCACAUAUUUCCAAACACCUUCAUGUAGUGAUAACCCUUUGUUGUCGUCCAGUGAAAUGAUUGUGAUGUCGUCCCGAAACACAGCCCGCUAUUCUGACAAUUUGCGCUCAUAUUGGACGAUUCUGCAGCUUGCUGAUGCAGGAAGUCGGGUGCGCCCUUUCUGUGGUGUAGUGGAACAUAAGGGUGUUGACGUUGUGGAGGUGGACGGGUGUGGCCCGUCCUUCUCGUCAGAGACCAACCAUGGCUGUAGCUAACUUUGAGGUCAUGUCCACAAGUGACUUUUCUGGAAACCUGGGUAGUGUAGUAACGAAUAGUGUUGUUCAUGGUGUAUGUUUUACAAGCUGAUUCCAGUAUUUUUAAACUCAAUACAUUUCAAUUGGAAAACCCUUUGUAUGUAAAUAUUCAAUUCAGUAUUUCAUGCAAAGACCAUGUAGCAAAAUAAACAUGUAUGGACUAUAUCACAGGGGAAAAAAGUACAGGUUUUCUUAUUGGUAUUCAGCCCUGAAACCAACAAUUGUGUUGCCUUUCUUUUAACUGUAACCAUGCUCUUUCCUAUUUGUUUUAAGGGAUUCCUAUGUGAAUGUAGAAUAUGUUUGGCACAAAGAAACACCAAGUUCAGCACAGCGGGGUGGGAAGAAGUGAUAAUAACCAACAACCUAAGAUGAUUUUAACCCCAUAUAGUUGCUUUGUAUGGCCACCGUAGGAAUAGAUAUUUAAAAAAUUGUUGCCAUCGAAUGUAAUCGGAGGUUUCGCAGAAUUGUCCAAUAUCAGCGUUCUGUCUGGUGAAAGGGUUGUGGAAAAACAAAAACAUCACAUCCUAAAACAUUUGCACUUUAAAAUCUCACACACAUCCAAACAUGUAUUCCAUUGCAUUACCACACAGCCAAAAUACCCCUCCCCACCCAGAUCACCUCCCGACUCAGCCAAAAGAAUCCAGCAGUUUUGCAUUCAAAGCUCAGCCAAAACAAGAUUGCGAAUUCAGGCGUUGCCACUCUGACACUGGACUGUACAGUCAACUUACUAUAUUAUCUGCUCUGUGCGUGUAUGCAUACAAGUGCGUGAAUGCAUGUGCAGUAUGUGUGUGUGUGUGUGUGUGUGUGUGUGUGUGUGUGCGUGUGGUCCAUGCCUGCGCCUCAAUGUGAGCGUCUGGUGAAUGUGUUGCAUGCCCUCAUGCACGAGGCCCAGACUGUAAAUGUUGUACUUGCAUGUGGUGAUUGAUCGCUACGAGACAUAAUAGAACACUAAACUAAACCAAACGCAGGCUUAGUUCUUACACCUGGAAACGUUGGCCUCUGUGCUCUGAGAGGAUUUAACGGGUGUAUUACAACCGGAUCAGCUUUAAAAACGUCAUUGUUCAGGAUCCUUAUACUGAAUUGAACCGAAAGCUAUUGCAUUCACUGCAUACUCCUAUCAUUUAUAUUCAGAUUCAAACCCAAACCGUUUGAACUCUAUAUUAUGUUAGGGUCUCUGAGCUAAAAGAAGAUUAUUUGCUGGAUCCUCUCCUGUAUUUCUAAACUCAUACAGUAAUCUCCCCACCCAGGUGGGAACCAGGGCUCCGUUUGAGAAAGGAGUAGAACAUGUAGCAAACACCCAGGAUGACUCCUCUCUCGUCCUCCACUUACAGUAUGCCUACUUCCUGUAUAUCCCUUCUCUCAACCACGACCUCUGCAAGCCAAAGUCUACAAUGUUUGUUUACUUUUCACACACAGUGAACACUUAACAACAGAGCUAACCAUUUUUCUUGGGAGUCUGCUAAUAAGAUACUAAUGUCAGUUCAUCCCAAGGAGAGUCUCACAGUGGCUUUAGUCAAUGAUCAUUUUUAAAAAAUCCUAGUUGCUAAGUAUUUCAUUGAAAGUAUUAGUCUAGACGUCAUUGACUACAGCAGAUCAGUUUGUCCAGCAAUGAAAAAGUACAACAUUGAAGAAGAAAAGUAUUUUUCUACAGCUGUCUCCCAACCACGGGUCCUCCUGUGCACAAAAGAGCUGGGUAAAGUUAUCAGCCUUCUCUUUCUGUGUUUUUGUUUAGUCACAAGGAGGCCUGGGAGAAACUGCUAAAAAUAUAUUUUUAACAACUGUAGUCUCUAGAAUGAUAACGCUCAUUUAUAAACCUUAAUCCUUUCCUUUUGAAGGAUUUCAAAAUGGUUGCGCUAGACGUCAAUAGGACCGUAGAAGGUUUAGGAGUAGGAGUACGACAGAAAACAUGCAGAAACUAUUUUAAUACAAUUCUAUAAAGGGUGAACUACUAUAAAAGGUGAACUACAAGCAUAAUCAAAUAUUGCCACUAUCGCUUUUAAAGUCAGUUACUAUCUGUUUAUUUUGUCUCGGACAAAGCGUGUUGUUCCUGUGCUCUGUGUUCGCUGUGGCCAAGUGUCCAGUCAGUGUGUGUCUGACUUGUUGAAAUUGGCUUUUCUCGCAAACAGCUAGAUAUUCCUUUUCUCUUCUGUAUAUUUUGGCACAAAGCUGUAUAAUGUAGUUGUUUUUUAUGUUGAUUUUGUAAUGGUUUCUUCCAUAUGUGUGGUUAUUUUGCUCCUGAGUGCACUGUUUUUUGCUGAGUUGUUGAUAUUGCUUCCAUGCAACAAUGAAAGCUAUUUAUUGCAAAUACUAAAAA